AUGAUAGAUAUUUUAGUGAUAUUAACAUGUUUGUUCAUCGUAAUGUCAGUACUUAGACGAUAUAGUCCCUUCCAAAAAUGGAUGGCCCAAAGAAUUGAUAACGCCCUUCAUAAGAGUCAAUUGACUACUAUAUUAUAUUCUCCUUCUUUACGUCUAAUUCCAAAAAAUGCAAAUCCAAAUGAUAUGAAUAAUAUCGAGAAUUUUUUCAUUAGUAAUAAUACUUCGAAUUUAAAAUCCAUUUCUGAAAGUUUACGUCAAUUAAAAGAAUAUUCAAUAAAAGCACAUAAUGCAAAUGGCACGAUUUUUAAAAGAACAAGGGAAUUAAGCAAUGAUAUGAUUAAUCAAUUAAGGGAAUUACAAUAUUUCUCGAAGAUUACUAAAAUAAAUGAAUCAAUCCAAUCAAAUGGUCAAAUGAUUGAUUUAUUAAUUGAAUCUUUUCUAAAUGAUUUGGUUAAUGUAAAUUUGAAUUCUUUAAACAAUGAUAAUAAGAAGUUCUUAUAUGAACAGUUGAAUGAUAUUUGUAAAAAUGUAGGAUAUGCUAUCACACCUGAAUAUCAAUUAACUAAAAUAUUAAACUUUGAGCCAGAUUCCCUGUAUAUAAACUCUGAUCAAUAUAGAGUAGUUGAAGCUGUUUCUCAUAUUUGUAGAGAUUGGUCACAACCUUUUCAAAAUGAGCGUACCCCAAUAGAAGAAUUUGUCUUAAAUCAAUUAGAAACUUUAAAUUUUAACAAUCAAGUUGAAAGAAAUUUGGUUGUCAUGCCGGGUGCUGGUCUUGGUAGACUAUCGCAUAAUAUAGCUACUAAAUUCCCAAGCGUUAAAGUUCAAUCAAUUGAAUGGUCAACUUUAAUGUAUAUAUGCAAUAUGGCUAUUUAUUCAACAUCGCAUGAUUUAGAGAUACGUCCAUUCGCAAUGCAUUAUUCAGGCCAAUUAUCUACUUCCGAUCAAAUUAGACCUUAUGAGAUUCAAACAAGUUCAAUUACUAAACCUAAUAACCUUGAUGUAUUACUUGGCGAUUUUAGAACCUAUGUUCCUUCUACAGGUGUACAAAAUGGGAAAUAUGAAACUAUUACUGUUGUGACUCCGUUUUUUAUCGAUACAGCAGAGAAUUUAUUUGAAUAUAUUGAAACUAUUGAAUCCUUGAGAUAUCAUUGUAAGACAGUACAAUGGAUUAACGUUGGUCCAUUGAAAUAUGGUACUAGACCAUUAGUUCAACUAAAUGUUGAAGAAUUAGAAAAAUUAAGAAAAAUUCGUGGUUGGGUUGAUAUUUCUCAACUAGUUUCAACUGAUUAUGAAGAGUUGAAUGGAUAUUUGACAGAUACUAAGUCGCUAUAUCAAGGCUAUUAUGGUUUGUUAAAAUUUCAUUCUAAACUGACUAAUCCAGGGAUGUAG